CCAGCUUUGGUCAGGCGCGCCAGGAUUCGGGGCCGUUUCAUGAAAGCCAGAAGAGCGGCGGGAGGGGGGCGAGUCCCCCCCAAACCUGGCAGCUCUUCCCGCCGCCCGUGGAGCGAGGUCGGUGUCCUCAUCAGGCUCUUUUGCCUUCGCCAGCGGGAUGCAGGCGACUUUAAGAGCCAGGCGGGCGCGGCGUUCCAGGCAGGGUGAGGCAGUCGCUCUCCCGGUUUGGCUAGUUUCCCGGAGGAUGACCGAAGAGGAACCACUGCCGGCGCUGACUCCAAUGCGCUGCAGCUAAGGACUACGAACUGCCGAGGACGGGAGAAGCAGCCGCUCGGCGCACUGGCGUUCCCGAAGCCGGAGCUGAAGGCGAGGAAUGGCAACCCAACGCAGCAACGCAGACUGGAUGGGCUCCUUGUCGCCCGUCCUCAGCGCCCUGCCGCUUUCCACGCUGGCCAUUCCAGGUUCACAUGAUUCCUUCAGCUACUGGGUGGAUGAGAAAUCUCCUGUGGGACCAGAUCAAGUCAUAGCAAUUCGGCGGAUAGCUAAAAUUCCUUUGGUAAAAAAGCUAAUGAAGAAAUGGUCAAUAACACAAAAUCUGACCUUCAAGGAGCAGCUUGAUAGUGGAAUACGGUAUUUUGACCUCCGUGUAUCUUCCAAACCAGGUGAAGCAGGACAGGAAAUCUACUUUAUACAUGGCUUGUUUGGGACCACAGUAUGUGAUGGACUUGUGGAGAUAAACAACUUCUUAACCCAUCAUCCUAAAGAAGUAAUUUUCCUGGAUUUCAAUCAUUUCUAUGCUAUGGAUAUGAAUCAUCAUAUGUACCUUAUCAGCAAGAUUGAAGAAAUAUUUGGAUCAAAACUCUGCACAAAAGAAUGCGUAGAAAAUGUAACACUGCAAAGUCUUUGGGAAAAGCAACAGCAGGUUCUUGUUUUCUACCAUCAUUCUAUAUGUGAAAUAUACCCCGUUCUAUGGGCAGGGAAUAAAAUGCCAGCUCCCUGGGCAAACACAACUAACGUACAUAAACUGCUGCAGUUUUUAGAGACUACCCUGAAAGAGCGAGCAAAGCAUGGAACUUUCCAUGUUUCCCAAGCUAUUCUCACACCAAGAGUCAAAACUUUUGCACGGCAUCUCAGCCGUGGCCUGAAAAACACUCUUGUUCACAGAAAUCUUCCUUUUAUUCUGAACUGGGUGAAGUUACAGAAACCAGGAAUCAUGGGAGUUAACAUUAUUACUUCAGACUUCGUGGAACAGGUAGACUUUGCAGCUACCAUCAUUGGAUUAAAUAAUCUCCUUUUAGAAGUAUGAAGACAAAAUACUUACAAUGACCUCAAUAUAUAGAGCUAAACUUGCAGGAUAGCACAUCCUCUGCUGUACAUAGGAACAUUCUGCCUGCCUCUAUGGAAAUACAGGAUGUGAUGCUGGCUGACCAACUGGAGCUCAGCGCUACAACACAUGGAAAUUAUUAGCAGAGGCCUCUUCAUGGACUUGUGAAGUAUGUACAUCCUGCAUAUCAUGAAACCCGGAACUCUGGCUCAAAGGAUAAUAAUAAAUUAUAAGCUUGAUUCAUCAGGUUAGGCAACAGUUUACCUCUGUGGAUACCUCAGGCAGAAAUAUGUGCUCUGCUUGUUUCAUUACUACUGUACAGUCUAUAUUCUGCUACCUCAAUCAUUCUUUAGGGAAAUAUCAUUUCUAUUGUUUGCUGUGAUCUUUAGUAAUUAUAGUAAUGUGUGUGAAUGUUUAGAGUUAGAUUAUGUCUUUAAAACUCCAUUUUUUACUUGAACUUGCAUUUUAAUUCAUUAUUUUGGAGUAUCCUAACUGGGUACAAAGAGGAAUUGUUUUUAAUGCAACACUAUUUAUUUUGUGGAUUUUUUUAAAGUCCUAGAUUUAGAAUCACUUCUGAGAAGUAAAAGGCUAAUACCACCUAACCUUUAUCUUAUUCUGGCAUAAUUCACUUCUAGCAUAUUGGAAUUUGCACAGAAGAAUGUAAAUAGGAAAUGGCACUCCAGGGUACAACGUAUCUGCCAUUUUGUAGAAUUUAUUAAUGCAAUAAUUUUUAAAUUGUAAAAAAUAUUUAUUUA